AUGGAUGACCCUCCCCUCUUACCAGACCUGCUCACUUCGCUGCUCGAAGCUCCGGAUGACCAGAUCUACGACCCAAACGAGAUUCUAGACCAUGACUACAAGGAAUGGGGAUUCAACAUUUACCGCACCGCCUACGGCGGCCCCGACUCGGACAGGGCCUGGGAGGCACUCGUAGAAGAUGUCCGUACCCACGUGCGCCUCCAGAUCCAGGGCCGAUACACCAGUGAGAACGAGGAAGAAGUCGAGGCCGCAAAGAAGCUGAUGUCGCUGUUCCGUCUCAGCGUCCACGCUGACCCCGAAACGCUCCAGGGAGCCGACUUGGAUCAACUCCGUCAAGUCCACGCCGACAAUAUCCGCACGGGCAAGGCACUUUCGAACGCGUGCUGGGCUCUAAGACAGAUGUUCUUCGUCGCCGACGGCGAGGUGCUGACCGACGUCGCCACCGGGGACUUUUGGAUCAAAUGCGUCGAGGCAGACUAUGUGGCCUCGCGACAAGUCGGUCGAGACCGCAGCCGUAUGCCCCAGCGGUACUUUGGCUGGUUCAAGAUGAGAUCGAAUCGCUUCAUUGAGCUGUGGUUGGACUUGCAGUUUCACCAUCUGGAAAGCAUCGCGCCUCCUACCAUUGGCGGAAUGCAUCUGGAGAUAUGGCAUGGGGACGACCGCCUCUGA